CACAAAGUACUUCCGGUGGGGUCACCGACUAGCCUGUAACGAGUGAAACCAUUCUGUCGCAAAUUAGCAUCUGUUUGACUACCAUGUGGGCUUCUUAGCGCUGUACUUUAAUAACUUUUAUAAAUAAUUGCGUCAAACGACUGCUUUAGUAAACCGCUCGCGCUGAACUACUUUACGACGCGGUAAGACGACGAAGAGGUAAAAAAAAAAAAAAAGGAGGAAGCAGUAGCCAACCAUCUUUAUUCUCCUGCCAGCAAUAACAAGAAAGGGACGAGGCUCCAGACCCAAAGAAGCGUUGAGUAGUUUCUACUUAAUGUUUAUAUUUUUUAAACUGGAUAAACGUUAAAUAUAAAUAAAAACUAUCGUUGCGAAGACGGACGGAGGCCCUCGGACACUGAGCUCUUCCCUCGACAAGCCUGGAAGUUUGGGAUCAGAAGACUGGCUGUAAAGAAUUAGUAUUCCCAUUUUUUCAUGUUUCCAACAGGUUUAUCUUCCCCUAACCCCCCACCACCGCCAACCCAGGAGGCUAGACCCGCGGCUACUGAUGUCAAAAGCGACAGUGGGAACAUCACAUCUCCGAAGAAGAGGAAAAUAAACGGCUCUGAGAGGGACGACACGAGUGACACCAUCUCCUCCUCCCCUCCAAAGAACAUUCAUUCCUCCUCUUCCUCCUCCUCCUCCUCUCCGCUCCACAUCCAGAAGAAGUUGAGGUUCGAGGAUUCGGUAGAUUUUAUUGGACUAGAUGUGAAAAUGGCUGAGGAAGCUGCUGCUGCCGCUGGGUCGGGCUCCAAUAACAAAAGCAGAUCCAUGUUUCUGGCCGGUGGCGUGGGGGGACACCACGCGAACGGACUGACCAAAACGGCUGGAUCCGGCACCUUCUCCAGCAGCAAACCUGGUGCUGCCAAGAAACUAGUGAUCAAGAACUUCAGAGAAAAGCCCAAGUUACCAGAGAACUACACGCAGGAAACUUGGCAAAAGCUGAAAGAGGCUGUGGAGGCCAUACAGAAGAGCACGUCCAUCAAGUACAAUCUAGAGGAGCUCUACCAGGCUGUUGAAAAUCUCUGCUCUCAUAAGAUAUCUGCCAAGCUCUACAAACAGCUAAGGACCGUGUGUGAAGACCACAUCAAGGCACAGAUUGAUCAGUUCAGGGAGGAUGCCCUGGACAGUGUGCUUUUCCUGAAGAAAAUAGAUAAGUGCUGGCAAGAUCACUGCAGACAAAUGAUCAUGAUUAGGGGUAUAUUUCUAUUUUUGGAUCGCACCUAUGUUUUACAAAACUCUAUGCUGCCAUCGAUCUGGGACAUGGGCCUGGAGCUGUUCAGGUUCUACAUCAUCAGUGACUUAAAGGUCCAGAGUAAAACCAUCGAUGGGAUUCUCCUCCUUAUAGAGAGAGAGCGAAACGGGGAGGCCAUCGACCGCAGUCUGCUGAGGAGCCUGCUGAGCAUGCUUUCUGACCUCCAGAUUUAUCAGGACUCCUUUGAGCAGCGCUUCUUGGAGGAAACUAAUCGACUGUAUGCUGCAGAAGGACAGAGGCUGAUGCAGGAGAGAGAGGUUCCAGAAUAUCUCCAUCAUGUCAACAAACGCCUGGAGGAAGAAGCUGACAGAGUAAUCACAUAUCUAGACCAGAGCACACAAAAACCGCUCAUUGCUACUGUAGAGAAGCAGCUGCUGGGGGAACAUCUCACUGCGGUUCUCCAAAAAGGGCUGACCCACGUGUUGGAUGAGAACAGAGUUCAGGAUCUGUCUCUCCUGUACCAGCUCUUUAAUCGAGUCCGUGGUGGUGUUCAGGUGCUCCUGCAGCACUGGAUAGAGUACAUAAAGGCAUUUGGAAGCACAAUCGUAAUCAACCCUGAGAAAGACAAAACAAUGGUGCAAGAGCUGCUGGACUUCAAAGAUAAGGUGGAUCACAUCAUUGAUGUGUGCUUCUUGAAAAAUGAGAAGUUUGUUAAUGCCAUGAAGGAGGCUUUUGAGACAUUCAUCAACAAACGGCCAAAUAAACCCGCAGAGCUCAUCGCCAAGCAUGUGGAUUCAAAGCUGAGGGCGGGAAACAAAGAAGCAACCGAUGAGGAACUGGAGAAGAUGCUGGAUAAGAUCAUGAUAAUAUUUAGAUUUAUAUAUGGAAAAGAUGUGUUUGAGGCUUUUUACAAAAAGGAUCUGGCUAAGAGGUUGCUGGUUGGGAAAAGUGCCUCGGUGGAUGCUGAAAAAUCAAUGUUGUCAAAGCUGAAACAUGAAUGUGGAGCAGCGUUCACCAGCAAACUAGAGGGAAUGUUCAAGGACAUGGAGCUUUCUAAAGACAUAAUGGUGCAGUUCAAACAGUACAUGCAGUGCCAAAACAUUCCUGGCAACAUUGAGCUAACUGUCAACAUCCUCACUAUGGGCUACUGGCCAACUUAUGUGCCCAUGGAAGUCCACCUGCCUCCUGAGAUGGUGCGGCUGCAGGAGAUCUUCAAAACCUUUUACCUGGGCAAACACAGUGGCAGGAAGCUGCAGUGGCAAUCAACAUUAGGUCACUGCGUCUUAAAAGCAGAAUUCAAAGAGGGCAAAAAAGAGCUGCAGGUGUCGCUGUUUCAAACACUUGUGCUGCUGAUGUUUAAUGAAGGAGAGGAGUUCACUCUUGAAGAUAUCAAAGUAGCUACAGGAAUAGAGGACAGCGAACUGCGUCGGACGUUGCAGUCACUCGCAUGCGGAAAAGCCCGGGUUCUAACCAAGAUUCCCAAAAGCAAAGACGUGGAGGAUGGAGACAAAUUUUCUUGCAACGAUGACUUCAAACACAAGCUCUUCAGGAUCAAAAUAAACCAGAUUCAAAUGAAAGAGACGGUGGAGGAACAAGCCAGCACCACAGAGAGGGUUUUUCAAGAUCGUCAGUACCAGAUCGAUGCCGCCAUUGUGCGGAUAAUGAAGAUGAGGAAGACUCUGAGCCAUAAUCUUUUGAUGUCUGAGGUGUACAACCAGCUCAAAUUUCCUGUCAAGCCUGCUGACCUAAAGAAGAGGAUAGAGUCUCUUAUUGACCGGGACUAUAUGGAGCGCGACAAGGAAAACUCCAACCAAUACAACUAUGUGGCCUAGAUAAAGGAAGAGAAAAGCAGCCGUUCCAGUUAGAUUAAAAGGUGUCCUGAGGGAUCGGUCUUUCAAUCUUUUGCUCUCGUGGACGUUCACCAUUUUCAUCUUCAACCCAACGACCGACAUGUGAAUGGCUAUCGCUCCGCAGGGUUGUCUUCAGGAGGGUCCUGUGACCCUGUGGACUGCAUGCCCAUUUUAAGAAAAAAAAAGUGAAUCUCCAUUUUUUUUUUUUCUCAGUGCCUCUGAGAGAGUUGGGACAACGAAGGCACACAGUUCUGUUUGUUCUUUUUUAAUGGAGAGGAAAAAAUAUUUAUUUUCUGAUCUAGAUCUUUUGUCCACACUUAAACAAUAUGCUCUUUGUUUAUUAAACCUUUUUUCUUUUUACUCAUCCAUCCUUCCCAUUUAAUACUGACACACCUACCAGUGCUCUAGAUGUAUCAAAUGUUGCAAAGAAAAGAAGAAAAAAAAACAAUCCAAAACAUUAAACCGAUGCCUGUUUCUUCAGUUGUUGUGAAAUGUUAAGACUGUUGGGGUUAUCAAGUAUGUGCAUAUUUUGGGGUCUGCUGUUGUUUCAGUUCUAGCAGCAGUAUGACCAGAUGAAAAGUCAGUGAACAAAUAAGAACCUAUCUUUCAAAGUA